ACGCAGCUGUCGGAGGCAACAUGUCUGGUCGUGGCAAGGGAGGCAAGGGGCUUGGUAAAGGGGGCGCCAAGCGGCACAGGAAGGUGCUCCGGGAUAACAUCCAGGGCAUCACCAAGCCCGCCAUCCGCCGUCUGGCUCGGCGCGGGGGCGUCAAGCGUAUCUCGGGGCUCAUUUACGAGGAGACCCGCGGGGUGCUGAAGGUGUUCCUGGAGAACGUGAUCCGGGACGCCGUCACCUACACCGAGCACGCCAAGAGGAAGACGGUCACCGCCAUGGACGUGGUCUACGCCCUUAAGCGCCAGGGCCGCACUCUCUACGGCUUCGGCGGCUAAAUCCUUACGGGGUAUCUGGUCGGAGCAAUGGUCAUAUCUUGCAUCCCAUCUCUCCGGGCCAAACCCGAGGGCGAGUUCUCUGGUGACUCACAGACUUUUGGGCAACCGGUGCAGAUCUCACUGACUAUAAACCUCACGAGCAAAGGACGACUUAGUUUCAUCAUGUCUGGUCGUGGCAAGGGAGGCAAAGGUCUUGGGAAAGGGGGUGCCAAGCGGCACAGGAAGGUUCUCCGGGAUAACAUCCAGGGCAUCACUAAGCCCGCUAUCCGCCGUCUGGCUCGGCGUGGGGGCGUCAAGCGUAUCUCGGGUCUCAUCUACGAGGAGACCCGCGGGGUGCUGAAGGUAUUCUUGGAGAACGUGAUCCGGGACGCCGUCACCUACACCGAGCACGCCAAGAGGAAGACGGUCACCGCCAUGGACGUGGUCUAUGCCCUUAAGCGCCAGGGCCGCACUCUGUACGGCUUCGGUGGUUAAGACACCUGCAAAACCGCCAAAAAAAA